UUGAGUUUGAUCAUCAUCAGUGUCGCGAAGCUCCGCAAAGUAUUUACAUUCCAGUUCAUUGCGUUUUCUACUGUUAAAGCCUUAUCAAAUUGUUGAAUUUAUUUAUCCAAAAACCUCCGCAAUAUGGAAAGCUGGCUGAAGGAUCGUCUCUCCAAAUGUCUGUGCUUCGAAGUUCCGGAUGAAAUGAUUGGAUACAUCCUCGCUAUUCGUGGAAAUCAGGAACUGGAGGAAUAUUUUAAGAGUCUUUUGGAUUCCGGGAAUCCGGAACAUGUCUCGUUUUUGAACGAGUUCAAACAGAGAUUAAGAAAAAGUCCAUCGGAAGGGCGCGGAAGCAAAAAUCAGAAAUCUGGCAAGCAACAACAAAACAGCAAGCAGCAACAACCUCAGCAACAGGCCAGAGUAUCGAGAGUUACAGAAUCAACUACGAAGCAGGAUGUUCCUGUUGUAGUUCCUCAACAGAAUCAGGGAGCCGUCAAGAAGAAAACCAAGUACGUCAGCCUAUACGAUCAGGACGGCCGGGCCAAUGUGGUUCUAAUUAAGGGCCGCCAUUUGUGCGAUUGUCAAGCAUCCAAGCACAAGCUGAUCAACAACUGUCUGCACUGUGGCCGGAUCGUUUGUGAGCAAGAGGGAAGCGGCCCGUGUCUGUUCUGCGGCAGCUUGGUGUGCACCGACGAAGAGCAGAAGAUGAUCGAUAGCUCGUCCAAGAAGGGGGACAACCUGAAGCGCACCUUGAUGGAUCAGAACCGACCGAAAGGUUGGGAAGAGGCUGUGGCCACCCGCAAUCGCCUGUUGGAGUACGACCGGAACAGCGAGAAGCGAACGACGGUGAUCGACGACGAAUCUGAUUACUUCAAAGCGAAUUCGGUUUGGCUGUCGGAUUCGGAGCGGAAGAAAAUGGAGAAGCUGGAAGCUGAGCUACGGGAGAAGAAACAUGCCAGCCGGUUGAGUCGUAAGGUGACUAUCGAUUUUGCUGGAAGGCAAGUCGUUGAAGAGCCCCAGCUUGCGAUUGAGGAUGAAAUUUUGAUGCAAAUUGCUGAGUCUGUUGCGCCGGAAAGGGAGACUUCCAAUCCAAAGAUAGGAUGGGAUCGACAGAGGACAAAUGUGGAACAAUCGGACGACAUUCAUCCUGGAAUUGUUGGAGAGGCACCAAUUUUCAUCGAUCUAGGAUCUGGAAAAACAUUCCGUCGCAACGUUGCGCCCUCUAACGGGCCCCAAUUCGAUGGAGUCUACAGCAAAGUGCAGGAUAAGGAAUUCCUCGAAAUGUCAGACUUGCGGCAUUGCAUUUCGAUGCAUCAGCCCUGGGCGUCGCUCCUGGUGGCAGGAAUAAAAAGGCACGAAGGUCGCACCUGGUAUUCGUCGCAUCGGGGGCGACUGUGGAUUGCGUCUACCGCUAAACCGGUGGAUAUGGAAUGCGUGAAACAAAUGGAGAACUUCUAUCGGGUGCUGUACAACGACGACGGCAUCGAGUUUCCCUCGCAGUACCCGUCCGGCUGCUUAUUGGGUUGUGUUUCGGUUCAGGACGUACUACCGCAGGAGGAAUACCGGAAGCAGUAUCCGGAUGGAGAAUCGGAGAGCCCGUUCGUGUUUGUCUGCACUGAUCCGCAGGAGCUGCCGAUUCGUUUCCCCGUGAAGGGGCAGCACAAAAUUUAUAAUUUGGAUACAAAGAUCCAUCAGGCCGCAGUCAAGUCGCUGCAGCGACUUUCCAAACUAAAGGCAGAGGAAUAAAAAUGCAGAUUCGUUCAAUUUCAAUACCUAGCAGUGAUUAGGAUAAAGAAAAGAAAAUGCUUUUAAAGAUUA